AUGCGUGGUCGUUCAAUGGGUGAAAUAACUCUAAAAUUAAAAAAUAUUUUACAACGAAUAAAUGAAUUAGCUGAACAACGCAAAUCGGUUAGUGUUCCCAAAUUGAUUGCUGUAUCAAAAACGAAACCAAUUGAAGCUAUUGUUGAAUUAUAUAAAUGUGGUCAAUAUACAUUUGGUGAAAAUUAUGUUCAAGAGUUAGAGGAAAAAGCGAAUAAUGAACAAAUUAAACGAGAGUGUCCUGAUAUUCGAUGGCAUUAUAUCGGUCAUUUACAACGAAAUAAAUGUAAUCGUAUUGUAAAAAUUCCAAAUUUAGAAUGUAUUCAAACAAUUGAUUCCAUUCAAUUAGCAGAUAGUUUAAAUAAUGCGUGCAAAAAUGUUCAGUUUUCGAAACCCUUGAAUAUUCUUCUUCAAAUUAAUACCAGUAAUGAAGAACAAAAAUCUGGUAUCGCACCAAAUGAAUGUUUGACUCUUUAUCAACAUGUUAAAAAGAAUUGUGAAUUAUUGAAUUGUCUUGGCUUGAUGACAAUUGGUGCACUGGAUAACGUACAAAGUACGAACAAUCAGGACUUUGAAAUUUUACUCAAAUGUCGGGAUAAUUUAUGUGAACAAUCUAGUUUAUCAGUAAAUGAUGUUGAAUUAAGUAUGGGAAUGUCGAGUGAUUAUGAACAAGCUAUUCUCGCUGGAAGCACAAUGGUGCGAAUAGGUUCAUCUCUAUUUGGAGGACGUUGA